AAGGCAGUAUAUGGCAGCAGCAGAACGAAUAAGAUGAACCUUUCAUCUUGGCUCAAUAAUAAGGGACAAACAAUGUCCGCCUUUAGCUCAGUACUAGCUUGUUCAAUUACCUAUCAUAAUGGCUUCUUUAAAACCCUUGCAACUAUGAAAAAUAGAAAGCAAACCUUAACUGUAUCAUCAUCAUUCUCUAUUCCUUUCAAUAAUGAAUUGAAGAAAUCAAUGGAAGAAUUGGUUCCAAUUGUUUCAAGCAGACGAGCUGUAAAUGUAUCGAUUUUAACGGUGUUAUUAUGGGACACUUUAUCGUGCUUUAUUGCUAUGGCUAAUGGUGAAGUGUUAGAGGUAGAAAGAUAUACGGAUUCAGUUGAAGGUUUCACUCUCCUCAGACCUUCUUCUUGGAUUAAGGUUGAUAAAGCUGGGGCAACUGCCCUGUUUCAGGAUACAAACAAGGGAUCAAACAAUGUGGGGGUUGUGGUUAUCCCUGUAAAAAUAACAACCCUUAGCCAAUUCGGGAAUCCACAAUUUGUGGCAGAUAAGCUAAUUCUGGCUGAAAAGCGCAAGGAAAGUACAAAGGAGGCUGAGGUAGUUGCAGUAUCAGAGAGAACAGGAGAAGGAGGUCUUCAAGUGUAUGAGUUUGAGUACAAGGUAGAUAGCACCAGGGGAGGGAUGAAGAGGAUAUUUUCUGCUGCAUUUGUGGCGUCUGGAAAGCUCUAUCUGCUAAAUAUAACUCACGCUGAUGGGUUAGAAAGUCCUAUUGAACCAGAUAGAAGAAAUACAUUGGAACAGAUUCUACAUUCCUUUGACGUUGCUCCUUCCACUUAAAUGGCAUUAAGCUCA